AUGAAGUUAAUGGUGAUAUAUUUAGUUUGUUACGUAAGUUAUGUUCGGGCGCGAUGUCGAUUUCGUGGAGAAUGUGCUGUGAUCGGUUCUCAUGCGAAACCCUGCCCUGUAGAUAUGGAAGCUGUAAGUCAUGUACAAGGUCUUCAUGGGGAGGAAGCCGAACAAGCGAUUGGAAUUUUAGCCAACCGAUGUCCUCAUAUGGUUUACGAUGAUGAAGGUAAUAUUAAACCAUACGAAGAAAUACUGACCUGCUGUGAGCCGAUUCAAGUCAUGAAGCUUUCGAGCGAUUUAGCGUUGGGCGAAGGCGUUCUAGGCCGCUGUCCCACUUGCUUCAGAAACUUUGUAAGACAAAUUUGCGAGAUGUACUGCUCCCCUGACCAGUCUCGAUUUGUGGAAGUUCAUACAGAAAUUGGCCCCAACAACAUUGAGUAUGUGGAAGCGGUUGACUACAGACUUCACGAGCCAUUUAUGCUGACAGCCUUCGAAUCUUGCUCUGAUGUUAUCGUUCCUCAGACCGGUCUUCCAGCUGUUAACAUGAUGUGUGGCAGUGCAGUUGUAUGCGAUGCAGACGCGUGGUUCAAAUUUACUGGCGACACUGCAGGCAACCCCAUGGCACCACUUCAAAUAAACUUUCAGAGAUGGCCGACAGAAGAGGAUUCAAUGAAUGUAGUUGCACUACCAUGUACCGAAACUAUGGAAGGUGAUCUUCCGUGCAGUUGUGUUGAUUGCAGUGCAAUGUGUCCGGUAGGAAGUAAGCCCAUCGUUCCUGAAAUCUGUAAAAUCUUUAACGUUAACUGUCUCGGAUUUGCUAUUGGUUUAACGGUUUUCGUUAUCAGCGUUACUAUCUUCAUUGUACUAACUUUAUUAGAGUAUAGAAGAAGAAGAUCUAAUACGUCUAGAUCUUCUGAAAUAAGAGAAAUUGAUUGUUUCACGAAGUUUUUUCAAAAAUGUUUUUCGCGAAUCGGCGUAUUUUCCGCGGGUAAUCCUGUACUUAUGAUAAUGAUUGCUUCUUGGGUUACUUUUUCAAUGCUUUACGGUGUAUUUAAUAUUAAUUUAACCACUAACCCAAUAGAGCUUUGGUCUUCGCCUAAUUCUCGUAGUCGUCAAGAACUUAAUUAUUUUAAUACUAGAUUCGGUCCGUUUUACCGCGCUGCACAGGUGUUUUUGCAUUUCAAGGGACUAGACUCAUUUUCUGUAGAUAACGUUACCUAUGGACCUGCAUUUAGAAUUGAAGCAUUGCGAGAAUUAGUACAUCUAGAAAAUAAAAUCAAAAAUAUUGGUCGAGAACAAAGAGGUGUAACUUUAGAGGAAGUUUGCUAUGCGCCUAUUAGGUCCAGAGGAGCAAAGAAAGAAUUAGAUCAAUGUGUUUAUUUAUCUGCAUCCGUUUAUUUAGGUGAAAAUAGAAACGAUAUCGAUGAAAACACUUAUCUUGACGACAUACAAAGCUGUUUGAACAACUUUUUUUCCUUUGACUGCUUGGCAAAUUGGGGAGGAGGUGCGGAACCUGAGGCAGUUUUCGGAGGCUUUGAAGGUGAUGAUGUCUUGAGCGCUAAUACAUUGAUCAUUAAUUUUCCUAUUACCAAUUUUAAUUUAGAAGAAAACCUCCGUCCUGUUUUGGAAUGGGAAGAGAAAUUCAUUGAACUUAUGCAAAACUAUGAAGCUUCCGGUAAAUCAGAUUAUGUCGAAGUGGCUUUUGGAGCCGAAAGAUCAAUCGAAGACGAAAUCAGGAGAGUUUCAGUAGCAGAAGCUGUACCGAUCGCUAUUAGUUAUUUAAUAAUGUUUAUUUAUGUGACGUUGGCUCUAGGAAACAUUAGAUACUGUAGGACAUGGCUCAUUGAUAGUAAAAUAUUGGUUGCUAUAGGUAGUAUUGUUGUUGUUGUUAUCUCUAUUAUUUGUGCCAUGGGUGUCAUGGGUUAUGCGAAUUUCACAACUACUCUAUUAGCAAUAAAUGUGAUUCCGUUCUUCAUACUUUCAGUAGGCAUAGAUAACGUAUUCCUUAUGAUCAAUACGUUACACGAUAUACAAAGUAAUGUUAAAGAAUACGAGGACUAUGAUGAGUCUUUUAGUUUUGAGAAAAAAAAGAGAUUUAUUUUCGAAAAAAUGAUGGGCAGUGUUGGCCCCUCAAUGUUUGUGUCUUCUGUAACGCAAAUCACCUGUUUCGCAAUUGGUAGUAUCACUGAUGUUCCAGCGGUGGCAACAUUUUCUGUAUUUGCUAGCUUAUCUUUGACUUUUCUUUUUAUAUUUCAGAUAACAGCAGUUGUCGGUAUACUAUCAUUAGACUACAAAAGAGUCGCUCAAAAACGUGUCGAUAUUUUUCCUUGCAUUCGUAGUAAAAUUUCAAUGGAUAGCGAUCACGAUCCUCCACACGUCAGUAUAAUGAAUAGAUUUAUGAUAUUGUAUUCUGAUAUAAUUACGAAUUGGAAAGUAAGAAUUGUUGUUGUAAUUUUCUUUAUGAUCAUUUUAUCUCUGAGUAUUAUUGCGGUUCCACAUUUAGAAGUAGGCUUAGACCAAGAAAUGGCUUUACCGACUGACUCAUACGUAUAUAGAUAUUUAGUUGCUGUCAGUGAACUAUUGCGUCUCGGCCCACCAGUUUAUUUUGUAUUAAAAGCUGGUUUAGACUUUACUAAUCCGGAUCACCAAAACGUUAUUUGCGGAACCCAGCUGUGUUACGAAGAUUCAUUAAUUACACAAAUAUUUCUAGCUGCUCAGCACAGUGAAAUAACCUAUAUAGCAAGAAGCUCAAAUUCUUGGCUGGAUGACUUCUUUGAUUGGUCCAGCUUACCCGGGACUUGUUGUAAAUAUAACGUUACCGAUAAUGGGUUUUGUCAAACUUUAGAUACUUCUCCAGAGUGCGCCUAUUGUUCGAUAAGCAGGAAUGAAUGGUCUAACGGCCUCAGACCCAGUAAAGAGGCGUUCGAAACAUUUUUACCUUUUUUCCUACAAGACGAACCAAGCCAAGUCUGCACUAAGGGAGGGUUGGCAAGUUACUCAAGCAGUGUUAAUUAUUUACUUGAUUCUGAAGGUCGUGCCAUUGUCCAUGAUACGAAUUUUAUGGCAUAUCAAACGGCGCUGAGCAGGUCGCCAGACUUCAUCAAUGCUGUGAAAUAUGGUUAUGAGAUUAGUGAUAACAUCACUGCCGCUAUCCGGAAGCACACAGGUAUGGAUGUUGAAGUUUUUCCUUAUUCCGUGUUUUACGUGUUUUUUGAGCAAUACCUGAAUAUUUGGUCGGACACGUUUGCAGCGUUAGGUUUUUCAGUUUUGGGUGCUUUAGCAAUAAACCUGUUAGCGUCUGGGUUUAACUUUUUGACGAGUUUCGCUGUUAUAUUGACUGCUGUCAUGGUCGUGAUCGAUAUGAUGGGCGUAAUGUAUAUUUGGAAUAUACCGCUCAAUCCAGUGUCUUGCAUUAAUCUUAUCGUGUCUAUUGGUAUAUCGGUUGAAUUUUGUAGUCAUAUUGCAUACGCUUAUGCGACAAGUCGUCGUCCAGACCACGAGAGAGUGAAAGAUGCAAUACAAAAAGUCGGCUCCACUGUUAUUACUGGAAUUACAUUUACGAACAUACCAAUUGUAGUUUUAGCAUUUUCUCACACUGAAGUUAUAGAAGUGUUCUUCUUUAGGAUGUUUUUUAGUCUGAUAAUACUAGGGUUCUUGCAUGGGUUGGUGUUUUUCCCUGCUCUGCUGUUAUUCCUCAAUAAUAUAAAAACGAGAUCGUUUUAAAUUUCAAUCGUAUUUGUUUGGCCUAUAACCAAUUCAAUCAACAAACAUAAUUUACUAUUUUAUUUGUAUUUUAACAUACCAUAAAUGUUUUUUUUCUAUUGUCGAGAUUAGUACACGUUUAUGGGCCUUCUGAAGCCAAAUGUUUAGCUGCGUCCACAAGGAUGAAAUCGCGAAACCGCCAAAAUGGAUGGAUGGAGGAUGGCGGUGAAUACCUAAUAGUUAACCAUGAAACACACCGUGUCAGUACUCAAGUUAGGUAUUAGGAAAGCGUUUGAAGCUAGGUGUUAUGUUUUAAGGGGAAGGCAGGAGUCGUGAAAUCGCGUAACCAUAGAUGGACUGUGACUUUGGCUGGCUGUCUACGCUACUACAAUAAAGACUGAACGGUGAUAAAAUUGUGAAAACCAUAUUUAUUCUUACAAACACGUUUUCGUGUUUCGAAGUGAAACUUCUUUAGACACGUUGAGAGUAAAAUUUAAAUCGCGAUAGAUUCGUUACGGCUAGGUACAUCUAGGAAGAGCGAGACUGAGAUACACAGAGCCAUUCGCAAACCACUCGACCGCGGUGAAGGGAAAGGACAAAACGAGCUAGGUCGUUUCUCUUCUACAUACACAGCAUUCCCAAUUACAAUAUAAAUUUGAUUUAAGGAUGAAAAAUGAAUAAAACCACAGUACUACACAUCGCAAAAGAAGUUUCACUUCUUUCACGUGCACCAAGUUGCGCGUUCACAUUUUUUUUAUUAUUGAGACAACUCGCCUCUAUGUUUUCUAUACCUACUUCUCCUGUACAUCAUGAAGAGAGCCUUUGUGUAAUGUUCAGUUUUCUAGUUUCAAUAGCUUGGGUUGGAUAUUUAUCAGUGAGUCAGUUAUGAGCGAGUCCCACAAGUCGGUUAAUAUUGACUUUCAUAGAAUCGAAUUUUUUACGUACCACAUUGUUCUUCUCCCUAAAUUAUUAAAGAACUAUAUGCUUAUAGCCAUUAGCUUUUAUAUAAUAAGUACAUGUUACUGGUAGUUGAUUUUGGUUUGUUAAUUAAUCUUUAUUUUUGUAAAUUGCAAAUUAAUAAAUAAAUAAAAAUUAGACAAUAACGAGAUUAAAUAAAUAAAAUUCCGAAUUUA